GUUUUUACUGUCCGAGCCAAUCCAUUGUGUGCGAAAAGGUAUCGGAAAGGUGAUCUAAGGGCAGCCCAGCAAUGUCAGCUCAUCGCAGCGUAUCGCCAGCGAUUCGCAUGGUUCGAGACUUUCUGCUCGGAAGACAUCCAAACGGCCAACUGAGGUUUCCGGACGAGCUUUCCACAAGGUCUCCACCACCACCAAAUUUGCCUCCUGGACCAGCAUGCAAGCUGUCUGACAACUACUAUUACACCAGGGAUGCCAGGAGGGAAGUGGACCACCCAAAGCUGCUCUUUGACAGCACGACUCCAGCGAAGCAGAUUACAGCAGGAGAAGGGGCCAAAGGGAAGUCCAGUGUCCCAGAGCCUGGCAUACCAUACCUGCCUUGAAAAGGGACCGAAGUUGUCUGAGCCUACUUUAUGUGUAGAUAUGUGGUGAAUAAAUUGCAACAAUAAAAUAAAAAAUUUUCCCUUCUAAGGAAACAUUUCGAAGAGUA